AUGUCCAUGUUUGAUCGUUUUAAAGAACAGGCUUCUCGCGCUGCUAGUAGCGCCACCACUUUUGGCCAACAAGCCAGUCGUCAAAUUGGCGACAUGGCAACAUCUGCCACUCAAAGCGGCCCCAACUUCAACAGCCCCAUUCCCGGUAGUCUUGGCGAAGAAUGUCAAAAAGCGUCUCGUAUUUUGGAGCAGUUUAUCAGCAAAGAAGAGAUUGAGAACGGAUUCGAUACAAUUAUCCCUGUUUCAGUCAUCAAGGAAGCCAGAGGUCUUGCCAUUUUCACUGUAGUCAAGGCAGGAUUUUUAUGGAGUGGACGUGCUGGUAGUGGUAUUGUAGUUGCAAAAUUACCCGAUGGUAGAUGGAGUGCUCCUACAGCAAUUGCUACGGGCGGUGUUGGAUUUGGUGCGCAAAUUGGCGCUGAUAUCACUGAUUUUGUCUUGAUCUUGAACAGCGAUGAAGCCGUGCGCGCUUUCUCUCAAGGUGGAAAUUUGACAUUGGGUGGUAAUUUGAGCGUGAGUGCUGGUCCCAUUGGUGCUGGUGGAGAGGCUUCAAUUGCUGGUGAUAUCAGAGAUAAGAAGGUGACGCCUGUGUUUUCAUACACGAAAUCAAAGGGUUUGUUUGCUGGUAUGUCAAUUGAGGGCACUGGUUUAUUGGAGUUACAGAAGGCAAAUGAAAAGUUUUAUGGUAAACCUAUCCGUGCUGAAGCUCUGCUGAGAGGUGAGGUUGAACCACCUACCGAGGCUAAUGUCUUGUAUGCUACUAUCCAAAAGGCUGAAAACCGUGAUCCCUACUAA